GUAUGUGCGCGCGCGCAGCGCAGCAUCUCGCCCGUGAAUGCAGUGGGGUUCGUAUGAGUGAAUGUGUUUUGCUUGUGGAAUGUGGGAGUUGUCCCCACGCGCUUUACGAACAACCGACCUGUCCAAACAGUGCACGCGUGGCAAAGGAUGUCACACCAACCAAAGCAGCGGACGCACGCUCACAGCACAGUAUUUGAUCCGUUAUUGGAGGAAAAUCCGCCGUACAGGGUAGAGUUGGGGCGGGGCGUAAUUACACGGAGUCCCAUCUAUUUAGGGUCAAGUACAACAUUUUUACAGUACUAACCAGCGUGGGUUCAAAGUUUGUUUUGUGCCCGGAAACUGCGAAUCACCCACAGGGCGCGGAGGAAGUGUUUUCUGAGUCGAACGAUAUUUUAGGUCGUAUUAUUUUGUCUUUCGUUAAUCCACAGACUCGCGAUUAAAUCUGCACGGGAUGGAUUGCAAAACUACGAUAGCCAGCGUGAUUCGUUAGCAUUUCGUCGACUAGCUCCUCCAGAGGCUCGACCGCGAGGACGGGGCUGUGGUGCGACUGGACGCGGAGCGAGGCGACCCUCUGCGGGCUGCGUUGCCGAGGCGGUGGGCGUGUUUUCUCGGCGUGCUAGCAUGUGAGCUGGCGCCAAGUUCUCGGCGUGAAGAAAACAAGAUUUACAAGUUACUGGCUGGAGCGAAGCAGCAAAAGUCACAUCUCUCUUGAUCGGAAAAGUUGCACGCAGGUACGAAGGGAGCAGUUACGCACACUAUUAUCAAAGUGAACCUUGUGCGCACACUAAUGCAAUUCAAAACAAAAGCUGCUAGUCUGCUAAUGUUAGGUAACCUACUCAAGUGACUGUUUUUUUUAACCUGGCACAUGAGAUUCAGAGAGAGUGAGAGAGAGAGAGAGAGUUCGUGUGUGAUGGAGUCAGCCGUUAGUACAUCCACUCAAGUGCCAGACGAGUUUGACCGUAAUGUUCCACGAAUCUGUGGUGUGUGUGGAGACAAAGCCACUGGCUUUCACUUUAAUGCGAUGACCUGUGAGGGCUGCAAAGGCUUUUUCAGGCGCAGUAUGAAGCGGAAGGCCAGUUUUACCUGUCCUUUUAAUGGAAGCUGCACCAUCACUAAAGAUAACCGUCGCCACUGCCAGGCCUGCAGACUCAAGCGUUGCCUGGAUAUUGGCAUGAUGAAAGAGUUUAUACUGACAGAUGAGGAAGUUCAGAGGAAAAAGGAGCUGAUCCAGAGGAGGAAGGAUGAGGAGGCACAGAAGGAGGCGCAGAAGCCCCGGCUUUCAGAGGAGCAGCGCAGCAUCAUUGAUUCGCUCGUGGAUGCACAUCACAAAACUUAUGACGAUUCCUACUCCGACUUCUCACGCUUCAGACCUCCGGUUCGAGAGGGUCCGGUUACACGCAGUGCCAGCCGAGCCGCGUCUCUUCAUUCACUAUCAGAUGCCUCCUCGGACUCCUUCAGCCAUUCUCCAGAGUCUGGAGAUCGUAAGAUGAAUCUGAGCAGUUUGUUGAUGAUGUAUCAGGAGCAGGGUUUGAGCUCCAGUCCAGACUCAAAGGAGGAUGAGGGCACUAGUCUGUCCAUGCUUCCUCACCUGGCUGACCUGGUUUCCUACAGCAUUCAGAAGGUCAUCGGCUUUGCCAAGAUGAUUCCUGGAUUCAGAGAGCUGACAGCUGAAGAUCAGAUUGCUUUGCUCAAGUCCAGUGCUAUAGAAGUGAUCAUGCUCCGGUCCAACCAGUCUUUCAGUCUGGAGGACAUGAGCUGGAGCUGUGGAGGACCUGAGUUUAAAUACUGCGUCAAUGAUGUCACGAAAGCUGGACACACUCUGGAGCUGUUGGAGCCGCUGGUGAAGUUUCAGGUGGGCUUGAAAAAGCUCAACCUACAUGAGGAGGAACAUGUGCUGCUGAUGGCCAUUUGCCUGCUGUCUCCAGACCGUCCCGGGGUGCAGGACCACGAGCGUGUGGAAGCGUUACAGGACAGAAUAUCUGAGAUUCUGCAGGCGUACAUCCGUGCGCAUCACCCGGGGGGGCGUCUGCUCUAUGCGAAGAUGAUCCAGAAGCUGGCGGACCUCCGCAGCCUGAAUGAAGAGCACUCCAAACAGUACCGCUCCCUCUCUUUCCAGCCCGAACACAGCAUGCAGCUGACCCCUCUGGUGCUGGAGGUGUUCGGCGGACAGGUCACUUAGCAACUUCACCCGAAUCGGAACGAUACGUGCGGGUCAAACGACGUGACCCGGAGGGUUGUGGAGUGAAUGUACGGACAAUCACCUUAAACACAUACAGUUUCCAGGACAAAGUUUGUGUGUGUGUGUGUGUGUGUGUGUGUGUGUUUCCCUCAUCAUUUACAGAUUGGAUAGGGAGUGCCAUAGAUGUUUCUGUUUGUUUGUUGUAUUCACAUGAGAAUGUAAUAUGGUCAUGGUGUUUUUCACUGUGGCAACGCGAUACAGUAUAUUUUACUGUGCUAUCAAUAGCCAACAGUAUUACACUGCAUGUGUAGGAUGAGUGUGUGAGUGUGUCGUCCUGUUCUAAACCUCCGCAUGGUCCCCAAAGCGCUGUCCACUACUGCUGAUGUCCUGUCUCUUCACCUCCUGCCUUUAAAUGCACAGGGUUAAAAGUACUAAUGCAAGCACACAGCUCUAACUCACCCCCUCGCCUAGCCACUUAACCAAUCAAACGGCAGCUCCGCCUCCCUUUCCUCUGCCUCCAGAGCUCUGAUAGGUCGCUGAACAAUGGCUGUCUUCUCUACUGUUAUUUGCCUGUGCUGUGAUUGGCCAAUAACCUGACGCCUCUGCAAAGUGGUCAGUGCAGCAUUAGCCCUCUCCACUCAGCUAACCUGUAAAUAAGACUCAGUAUCUAUAUUCGUACCUUUUCAAAUCAGUGUAAAUAGAGUUUGAUAUAAGCGCUUCUUGUGGCUAAUGGUAGAAUCUAGCAGAGGGAGACCCUGCAGCCCUGACUGGUCAUGAUGAAUAUGUAAACGAAGACUGCGGUUUAACUGUGUGUGUAUGCAGACAUACAGGAAUCAUGGAUGAAGUUUUUAAAGAACCCAUCUUUACAAUGUUCUGAAGUCCUUUAGGUUACAUAUUUCUCAACUCUUGCAUUCCAUCAUUCAUUUUUUCCAUCGGAAACACUUUUUCGGAUUAGUUCAACUAAUUACAUUUUCCCCUAACAGUUUUCCGCUUCGUUAGCUAUCAUGAGACAAAACCCUGAAUGCUUUUUAUCAUGUAUUUAAUUUGUUUUAUUUAUAGUACAUUUCACACAAGUUACACUGCUAAACUAAAAAUGCAUAGGUCAUACCCCCACCACCACCACUACAAAAAAAAUACCUGGAUGUAAUUUUAAUUACUCUAAAAUAAUAAUCAAUAUCAUCCAUAUUACAAUUAUGUAUUCUAUGUUUUUUUUUUUCUUCAUAUUACAUUAUGGUAUUCAGUUUUUUUUUCUUAAAUAAAUAGUUGCAAUAAUUAAUGUCACUUUUUUUAAAAUCGUAAUUUUGGAAUGAACUAUGACCCGAGUUUAAAAAAAAAAAUCUAAAUUUUGGAAUGAACUAUGACCCUGAGUUUAUAUUGCUUUGAUUGGGAAAUAAGACUAACUUAUUUGGUUCUCACAUUUUUUAAAUAACUUAGAAGCAUGCGGAGUAAUCUAUGAUUUAAUUUUUUAUCAUCAGUAACUGUUGCGUUACAUGCUACCUAGGUAUAUUUGAUAUUUUGUUGGCACAGGGAGGUUCUUCAAAGCGUAUUCUAAUUACAGCAUAUCACAACUCAGCACAUUCUUGUCUUAUGCUGGUUGUUAUUAUCUAAACCUUAAAUGCAGACACCUAAUACCAUAUCAUCCAUGGUACAUAGUCAUUUUUGUUGUAUAGACUUUUUUUAACCCCAUGUUAAUAUCACACUAGCCACUGCCUGCAUUGUGUCCUCUAAACCAAACACAACUGCCUUAGCUUGGCCUCAGCUGUUCACAGUUCUCAAUUUAAAUUGACCUUUUUAUGCUUUUUAAGUAUGUAAGAGUCCUGUUCUCCACUGUGUAUAAUAUCUGUAAAUGAUAUUUGCGAGACUGUCGUCAAGGGCUCCUUGAGUCGCAUUAGAGAGCUGAUGCUUACAGAGUGCUUUAUAUAUCUCGUUCUAUCCUGUUUCUCCACAAACUUUUUUAUUUUUAUUUUUUUGAAAUCACAUCUGAUUCGUAUGAAUCUUCUUCUCAGUCAGGGCUCAGGGUCAUUAGGAAAAACUUUUCUGUGGUAUGAGAGUUAAUCAUAGUUGAUGAAGAUUGUCUGUAGGUGUGAGUUUGGUGUCGGAACUGGGUCGACGAUUUAAUGAUCAUGUAAGCUGAAUUUAACUACCUGGAAACUGCGGUCGCUCGGAAGGGCGAGCGUAGUGCGCAUGUGUGUCUGUGUAAGAGUGCGUUUAUGAAGUGAGGGCGAUGUAUAGCAUUUACACCAAGUAUAUUCAAAUAGGAUUGGGUGUCGCAUAUUCAUCCCAGUCUUGAUGGGGAAUGUGUGUUUGUGUGGGAAGGAGAUAGAUUGAAAAGGUUAUCGUUUCCUCAGUAUAUUACUAUUAAAUAACUUAGUCAUGGCACUUAAGAUUUAAUGAUAUGGAAGGUUUGCUAUAUAUAUCUAUGAGUAUUACUUUGCAAAUGUAAAAGAUUAAAAUAUUUUCUUGUAGACUAGUUUUGAUAUUCUGGUAUCAGUGUACAGGUGGCAGCACAGGGCAGAGGGUUGUUUGUUUAUGUGCGGGUAGCUAUUCAAAUAUAGGAAAGUAUGACUGAAUGCUAACCUCCUGCCCAGUGCGGGCAUAUAUAUCUAAUGUUUUUUUUCUUUCAUGAUCUUAUUGCUCUCUUCGACUGUCUAUUUUAUCGUCUUCAUGCCUUCUCUCUAUACUAAGCUGCUCAGUACUUUGUGGGAUGAGGGUGUUCACUCAAUUUUGAACUGGAAAACUAUGAAAGCUUCCAGUCUUGAGCAUUUUUGUAAUCAUUAACUUGCUUGUUUCGUUUUGAUUUCACGAAGAAUAAGUGAGAAUAUCCCUGCAGCACUUACCAUAAAUGUAGAUCAGACAAACCAGGAGAACAUGUCAUGUCUAAACAGUUGCAAAAUAUACAAUAUGCACGGUGAUGAUGAUGAUGAUGGCGAGACAUGAGAAAGACGAUGAUGAAAUUGAUGUUGGUCUCUUUUCCGAGUCCAAAAUGUAACCAUAACAAACUACCUCUCUGGGGAACAGACACAUUUGAUUUGUAUUUUUUUAUGAUUCAUGUUUGUAUUUAUUGCUGUGCAGUGGCUCACAUGGACAACCCAGUACCUCAUGUAUGAAUAUCACUUAACAGCAAAGACGCCUUAACAGCUGUUUUAUCAGAUUUUUUAAAACUAUUAUUAUCUGUGUGUACAGUAUUUGUAUCUUUAGCUUUCUUCGACACACGUGGAAGCAUUCACAUACACGGACGGACAGACAGACAGACACUUCCACAAGAGAGCUGAGAGCUGUUAAGGCGUGGUCACUUCCAUGAUUGACAGUGUUCAGUUGCUGCUGGGAUUGGUUGGCCAUCCUCAGGCCCCUCCCCUUCUUUAUUCUGACUGCUCAGUUGGAUUUUGCUGCUCCGCAAAAUAAUUACACAAAACCUGUCAGAGCAUGGCCUUCUCUCUUUUUCUCUUUUUGAACGGUGACGCAUCAAGCGGACAUCAUCUACUCUGCAAAUCACACUUGCUCAAACUUUACCUCGUACAAAAACACAUAUACGCUCUACAGUCAAUACCUCAUGCCUGGUCAAUCCUAAAAUGGAGUAGAUGAUGGAUUGCAAUUGGUGACAGUCAUCUGUGACAAAGAGAAAAUGAAGAGAGACGUGCUCUUUACCUCUCCUCUUCUGUCUGGGCACCAUUGGACAGGAGAUCAAUAGAAAGUUUGUGGCACUAAAUGGCUCAUAAGUGCAGAAGCACUUCUGUCUCUGAGUGAAUGGGUACCAUAAGGAAAACUGUAAUACAAAUGCUAGCUGUUUACAGGCUAAAAGUAGUGUGCCUGCUUACCAGGACAAAACCAGUUGAAUAUGACCAUUCAUGAAACGGUUAAAAAUUGCCUGUUUAUUUUUCCUUUUUUUUUCUUUUACAUCAUAAAGUAUUGUAAAUUCAUGUUCCUGAUUUCAUGUAAUAUUGGUCAAAUGUUUUACAAAUCAAUAAAAGAAUAUAAUAAUAAACAAUA